AUGAGAGUAGCUAGCUCGGCCCUUUUGCUGGGCGCCAGCACGGCUGCCUUCGCACAAGACCAACAGAAGGUUCUUGGUGGCAUCAGCGAUGCCGUCAGGAAACCUCUGGAUCACCUUAGCGAAGCUUUUGGUGAGAUGCCAGAUGUUGCUAAAGGCCUAUGGGAUGAAAUGAGCCUCCUAGUUCCUGGAUUCUACGAAAAGGCCGCCAACCUUAUCUCUUACCCUAAAGCUCAUCGACGCCGCCCAGAUAGCGAAUGGGACCAUGUUAUCAAGGGCGCUGAUGUACAAAGCAUGUGGGUCGAGACAGACGGUGUCAAACACCGAAAAGUUGACGGUUCUCUCGAGGCCUACAACCUACGAGCUAAGAACGUCGACCCGUCCGAACUCGGCGUAGAUAAGGUCAAACAGUACAGUGGGUACCUUGAUGACGAAGCCAACGACAAGCAUCUAUUCUAUUGGUUCUUUGAAUCUCGAAAUAACCCUAAGACCGACCCUGUAGUACUAUGGUUGAACGGCGGCCCCGGCUGUUCCUCCAUGAUGGGACUCUUCAUGGAGUUGGGCCCCUCCAGUAUCAACAAGGACGGCUCGCUCAAGUACAACGAGUACUCGUGGAACAGCAAUGCCUCCGUCAUUUUCAUCGACCAACCCGUAAACACCGGCUACUCCUACAGUAGCAACCCCGUCUACAACACCGUCGCCGCAAGCAAGGACAUCUAUGCUUUACUUACUCUCUUCUUCCACAACUUCCCUGAGUAUAGCGAGCAGCCAUUCCACAUUGCUGGAGAAUCCUACGCUGGUCAUUACAUCCCCGUCUUCGCAUCUGAGAUUCUGUCGCACAAGAACCGCAACAUUAACUUGCAAAGCAUUGCCAUCGGUAAUGGUUUAACUGACCCCUUAACACAAUAUGCCCAAUACCGCCCAAUGGCCUGUGGUGAAGGUGGUUAUGACGCAGUUCUCGACGAGAGCGAAUGUCAGUCGAUGGACAAUGCUCUCCCGCGAUGCCAGUCUCUCAUCUCGAGCUGCUACGAUUCCGAGAGCGUAUGGUCCUGUGUUCCCAGCGCCAUCUACUGUAACAAUGCUAUGAUUGGCCCCUUCCAGCGCACCGGAUACAAUGUUUACGACAUCCGUGAGAAGUGCAAGGACCAAGAGAACCUUUGCUACACCGAGACUGCUUGGAUCAGCAAGUACCUGAACCAGGACAAGGUUCUCAAGGCAGUCGGUGCCGAAGUGCAAGACUACGAGAGCUGCAAUACGGAUAUUAACAGAAACUUCUUGUUCCAAGGCGAUUGGUCAAAGCCAUUCCACCGCCUCGUUCCCGAUAUCAUCAAGCAGAUCCCAGUUCUUAUCUAUGCUGGUGACGCCGACUACAUCUGCAACUGGCUCGGCAACAAGGCCUGGUCAGAGGCACUUGAGUGGCACGGCAAGAAGGGAUUCAACGCUGCUAAGUUGGAGGAUCUCACUAAGGGCUCUGACAACUACGGUGUAGUGAAGAGCAGUGGCAACUUCACAUUUGCCCGUGUCUACCAGGCUGGCCACAUGGUUCCAUUCAACCAGCCUGAGGGCUCCCUAGACCUAUUCAACAGGUGGAUCGGAGGAGAGUGGUAUGCUUGA